AUGGGAAAAGUUCGCCCGGCCAAAACACCAAGGCCGCGAAGACAAGAUGCAGGCCAAGCAGCUGCUUCCAAAGGCGUAAAACGUCGCAUCGGCAAGGCAAGUAAGUCCGGCAACACGCAAGGAUCUUCGAAGGCCUCAAAGACGGUGCUGGAAGUGGCCACAGGUCCCCAGGCUCGUCGUGCCUUGGUGGCCUCUUCGGCUCGUGCCGGCAAGGUGCCGGCCGCACCGAAGCUGGGACCAAGGCCCAAGAUGAACGGAGCUCGAAUGAUGCAGGAAAUUGAGGAAGCUCGUGAGCAUGCCGAGAAGGUGGCUGCCGUAACCGCGAAAGGUAAGUCCAGGAGACGGCCGAAAAGCAAGCUGUCUCAGCACAGCCAACAGGUCCUUGCAGCGUUCAAUGUACGCUCCGAAGCGCCAUUUUUCCCAAAGAUUCGGUGA